AGAUCACACCUUCGCAUUUAUUCUUGGGGGCAUCUGCCUCGUCUGUGCAAGCAUGCUUCUGGCGAUGGGAUUGGGCGGAGUGUUUUCUGGAUCAGAACCUACCGAGCGAAGCUCACCACCGAAGACGACCAAAGUGGAUACACUACCGAAGCCGACAGCUCAGAAGACAGUCGCGAAUACUGAAACUCCACCGAUGCCGAAGAUUACGACGCCUACUUCUACGCCUCUUCCCACUACGACGCCUCGUCCCACUACGACACCCCGUCCCUCUACGACGCCCCGUCUCACUACUACGCCCCGCCCCACUACUACGCCUCGCCCCACAACUACGCUUCGCCCCACUGCAACGCUUCGUCCCACUGCAACGCUUCGUCCCACUACAACGCCUCGCUCCACUACAACACACCGACCCACUACGACGCUUCGCCCUACCACUACGCCUCGCCCCACGACAAAGCGUCGCCCUACCACUACGCCUCUACCUACGACACCGAGUACUACCACUACGCGCAAGCCUACGCUGUUCUGUGUGUUUGGCCCGCAAUUUACAAGUGGUGCUGUCAUCAAGCAACAAAUAUGCGAGUACGCCGUAUACGACGGCUCUACCUUUCACGGUGCUGUAUGGCCUGCCUAUGGCCAUCGUCAGCUCGAUAUCUUUUUCAUGGCAUUCGGGAGCAUGUCCCGCACCAGUGCCGGCUUGAGCUUCAACGCCGACCACCCGUCGGACCCGCAGAGCACUGUGCAACAGCUCGCCAAGGGUGGAGCUGCAGAAUUGCAACGCUUCGUUAAUCGAGUACCCCCUUGCGUCGCUUUGGGAUUCCUCAACGUUAACUUCGCCCCUACAAAAGUGGACACGUUCCUCGUAGCGAUGAAGGUGAUGUAUGACGCAAUAAGCAAUCACGCCAGACGUUUGCUCUUUUUCGGAGCCUACAUACACACCACACGUUCAGGGGAGAGACUCGCCCAAGAAGCGCAAAGUAUACAGAACCUUGGCCUCGUCAUCUUGCAGACGCACAUCACGCCCGCCAUAAGCAUCCUUUCGGCGAAAUGCAAGGUGCAUCUGAUUUCAUACAAGUCAGGUCGGGGUCAACAGGACGUGCCCUCCUUCGCCGUGGCCGAUUACACGGUCAACAAAUUCAGAGCUCUGGCGGGCAACUUCAGCAUUGUGUUCUCCUCGUCCCUGGGCGUCAUGGUGUACGUGGCGAAGGAGAAAGCCGUUUACGGUGACAAGAAUUCCAGCGGUCAAGUAUGCGAGCGCGGCUACUUGUCCGACCACGAUUUCUUGUGCACAGCUAUGAACGCCCAACGCGCUAACGUCGACAUCGCAGAAUCGGCGUGCUACCAGAUCUACAACCAGCACAACAGGUACCACUUCGUUACCUGGGAGGACAUGAAUACGAUAGGGCCCAAGAUCAAAGACUACAUCAACAGAACUGAUGGGUGGGCCGUCUUUCAUCCCGACCUAGACGUUCGCAGGGUGUGCAGUUCCGAAAAGGACAUGGAGCGUGUGAUUGCCUUUUACACGGCUGUAAAGAACCGCUAUGGAGGAUAACCUCGCCACCACACGGUGUCACAGUUCGUCUGGGACGUUUACGAUUAUCCGCCUUCCUUUCCUGUAAUGCGAACUCUCUUUUCGGAUUUGUUAUAACGCAUGACCGAUGAGUAAAGCUCAACCCCUCAACCUGGCUUUGGCAAAACUGCGCGAAGCUCGAGCCCUGACCUCUGUGUCAGCCAACCUGGGCUGCACAAUCCACGGGUGGCGAUUGUUUUUCCAACCUUUGAAGCCUUAUUUAAAAAAAUCUGUG